GACGAAGGCAAAUCUAUAUUGUUUCCUGAGGACGAACCGAUCUUGCAGGCUGAAUCUGAAUAAACUGGUCACCCACGUUUAUGGACAUAUCUGAUGCAGCUCUGGGGAAAUUGAUUCUGGUGUCCACGUCUACAGUAUUUGUAUUGAUCGUAUUUUGGAUCAAUACAUACCCAUUUAUAGACAAAGAUCUCGCCGUCUACAGUUUGAUACCGGACCCGCAGUGGUUCCUCCUAUUCUGCGCAGUUUGGGGUCUGUUCUUCAUCGGGGGUCUCAUGUCAUUCACUUUCUAUCACAUAUACCCAUAUCUCUGAAGUGCUACCACUCAAGCACUAAGUUUCAAAAUAUAAUGGCCGGAUACAACAAGGAUGAUUGGAUUGUAAUAGGAGUAUCGGGGGUGACGUGCGGAGGAAAAACGACUUUAGCGAACAGAUUGAAAAAUGUGUUAAGACCAGUAUACGUGUUUCAUCAAGACAAAUAUUUCUACCCAGACGAUAGUCCCAAACAUGUGAGGUGCGAAGGCAUGGAACACAAUAAUUAUGAUAUUCUAUCAGCUUUGGAUAUGGAGACGAUGUAUGAUGACAUCAUUCAGACCCUUAGUGGGAGAGACAAAUCGCAUGGCUCGUCCGUAGAGAGAGAAACUGGCAAAUUAGAGGCUAAAGGCAAGAAGUUUCUUAUUGUAGAAGGAUUUACAGUGAUGAAUUAUAAACCAAUUCUGGAGUUAUGUAAUUUGAGGUACUACUUUGUGCUGGAGUACGGCGAGUGCGUGUCGCGGCGUUGCUUGCGGCUAUACGACCCGCCCGAUGUCGCGGGCUACUUCGAGCGCUGCGUGUGGCCCGAACAUCUCAAGUACCGCGCGCAGAUCGAGCAAGACAAACGGGUGCAAAUCUUGGACGGCACGCGACCGGACAUCUACGACGUCGUCAUAGCAGACCUCAACACUCUGGGCCUCACCGAGAUACGAUAAGACUUCAAAUGUUAAGGGAGUAAGCAGUGUAGUGUUUGCAAAUCAUUAUGAGAUUGAAACAGGAUCGAGAUGUGUGAAAAUAAUUUUAAAAUCCUAAAUGUACAUUUGAAUAUUUUAAAAUACUAGCUUUUACCUGCAACCUCGACCGUUUGUCCGAAAUAUAUUCAUUUACCGGAAUUAAAAAACAGCCUGUGUUUUUCCAUUUCAAUUAUAUUUCAAAACUAUAUUGAGGACAGAAGGGAAAAAAUGUUGGGACGCUUGAUACGACACGACGAACUUAUGAACAUUAUAAUAGAAGGUAAGAUAGAAGGAAGAAGGGGGAGAGGGAGACCGAGACAUAGUUACAUCAGGCAGAUCAAGGAAGGAGUUGGGGUCGUGUCGUAUCAAGAGGUGAAGAGACUCGCUGACAAUCGUAGUGAGUGGCAAGAGCUCCACCGACAAGAGCGCAGCUCUUAAAUAGGAUAGAUAGAUAGUUAUAAAUAAUGAAUUCAAGCAAUGUUGCUUGCAAUAUAUUCUAUUAGUUGGACCUCAGUGUAGUCCCUUUUAGAAAUGAUUGUUUUUUUUUUAAAUGGGUGAUAAUGGAAUGGUAUCCCCACCUGCGCUAUCGGUAUACGCCGGCGGGGCACCAGUGAAGAAUGAUAGAUGAGGAUGAAGCAGGUCAGUUAGCCCCUCGUGACGAAUUCAACGAGAAUUGUUCACAAUGGUUUCCAGGGGGAACCACGUAGAGGUCGACCUAAUAGGGCAUAUUGCUAGCUCUUAAAUAGGAUAGAUAGAUUAAAAAAAACAACACACACAAAAUCACGUUUACUAUAUUAGUAAGGAUACUGGAUUGAAAAAUAUAUACCUCCGGAAACUCAACUUGUGACAGGAUUCGAACCCGUAUCAUUCAAUUGUCCAAGCAGAGGAUUUAUCAAGUUAUUUGAUACGCUCAAUAUAUCAAACAUACUCUCUGUCUACCUCGUUAGGUACUUAUUUUGAAGAUAAACAGCAUGGUCCUUAAAAUUUUAAAUCUGUUUAAUAAAGUAGUAGUUUUUCUCGCGACUUUAUCCCGCUUUUCCGAUAUAAAAUGUAGACUGUUCUUCUCCAUCUUAAAUACUGCGCAUGUAUUAAUUUUAAAGCGUAAAAAAAACCAACAAACUCAUUUUUACAUGUAUAAUAUUAUCAAGUAGUUGGAAGUUACCUGUUUAAUUUAUUGCAAUAUUUAUACAAAAAAUUGUUUAAUUUGAAUUGUAUAAAUAGUAGUAGGUAGUUUGAAACUAGUUUCACGCAUGUUGCACAUAGUUGCACUGCGCGAAUUUUUAAUAAAUUUAGAAUCAUCAUUUCAACCUUUAACUGUCCACUGCUGAACAUUAGCCUUUCCCAAAAAGGAAUCCACUCAUUCUGUUUAUCACGCAAAAUUGUAUGAAAAAGUCGAAGCAUUUCUAUGGAGAUAUUUUAUCUAUAUAACAUAAGUUAAAAAUUAUACGAAAUAAAUGGAAUUUUAGUAUAAAAAGCGCCUUAAUAUAUGUUAUAUUGGUAAAUUAUAGUUUUAAAAUCUUUUUAUCGUAUUCUUUUUUAUUGUUUAGUAACAUAAUAUUGUCGAUUUUAUAUUUAUUAGUUGUAUAAAAAAAGCUUCAAUUUUUUACUUAACUAGUGUAAAAUCAAAUUGAGAAUACUCUUUCCAACAAAGAAAAAAAAAACCAAUAAUUAUAUAAUAAUCGAUUUAAAAUUUGAUAAAAAUUUCGUAUAACAUAUAUAGUAUAUUACUGCAGUGGCCAGCAACUGAGGCAUUGAUAGACGAACGUGCAAAUGUGGGCCGAGGCGUAGCCGAGGCACACAUACGUGAGUCCAUCAAUGUCUAGUUUUAGCCAAGACUUGUAUAGUACUUUUCUCAAACAAUGCGCGGAAAUAAAAAAUACAAUUUUACUUUUUAAGUUCAAUGACGAAUAACGAACAAUAAUAAUUUUUCACGCGCCAUAAUGUUCCUUUUUUUUUUCAAUAAACGGCUUUCUAUUUGCAAGCUACUUCGAAAUUUAAAUUAAACCUUUUAUUAAUUACCUCCUUGGUAGCCAUGUUUCGAAGUAAAAGGUCAUUCCAUUUUUAAAUUACAGGACACAUAUGAGUUUACAUAGUAAUUUAUCUGGCCGCAAAACACGACAGAUAUGGAUUUUCAUACAACUUUUGCCGGCCGCUUACUUAAUAAAGCUCACGUAUCCAAGCAUGUUUGAGAACAAGAAAUAUUUAUAUAUAUGUACAUACGUGUAAUUGUCUAUCUGCAAAACAAUUUUAAAUUUUUUCACUGCAUAAUUACAUGUCUGUUUUAUCAAAAGGUUGACUGCGUGAGAAUGCUAUAUAGUAAUAAGUCCGUCUUUUGUACCAGACAUUUUUUUUUUUGUAAUGUCGUCAAUAAAGAAUAAAUAAAUAAAAUAAAAAAGAAAUAUUUCAAAUGUUAAAGUUAAAUAUUUAAGUUGAUUAAUGUUUUGGAUUGACUUUAUAAAUUGCUAUUUUAUAUAGCUUAUAUUUUAUAUUUAUGUUAUAUAAAAAAUAUUUACGUGUUUCACUAGCGUUCAGUAAAUGUAUAUUUUAUGAAAACACUAUCUUAUGUUUGAGAAUGAUAACACAUAUCAAUAAAUGUUUCUAAGCUUUUUAUUCUUUUAUUUUUUUUUUUCAACCGACUUUAAAAAGAAGGAAGUUCUCAAUUUAGUUGUUUUUCUUUUAUAUGUUCGUUGCUUCAUAAUUCCAUCAGUUCUAAACUUGGAUUUUUUUUAUCUGAAAGGAUACACUGGUUCCAUAAUAAUUAUAUCAAAAUUGGUUCUGUAAUUUAAUUUUAGUAAUAGGUUUUCUCAUAAUCGAAGUGUUUUAUUGAAUGUGUUGAAUUUCGAAAAUUCUUUUCGUUUACCUACGCUAUGUAAUGAACCUGUCUUCCUAAGUUCAGAAUAUAUAUAUAUAUAUAUAUAUAUAUAUAUAUAUAUAUAUAUAUAUGAAUAUUAUGAAUAAGGAGGUAUAAUUUUUUACAUAUUUUUUGUGAUAUGUUGUCAAAAUUGAUCAGAACAAGGAAAGCUGUGUUGCAGUACUGAACAAAAUAAUUAACAGUCAUUUAAUACUAUCCAUCGCUAGUAAAACACGUUAAAUUUCAGUUCAUAUCCAUGUUAUAUUGUUAGUUAAAGCUAUAUUGUUAGAAGUGUGACAUAGUUACAAGAAAACUAGACAUUAACUGUGGAUGAUGUACAUCUAGAUGGAGCAUUGAAAAUUAAAAAAAAAAAACGUUCCAAAAAAACAGCCAACUUGGUAGAACCAAGUUAAAAAAGAUUGCUUCAAUUAGCCCAUCAUGAUGAAUUCCACAAGAAAUAACCACGUUGGUUUCCAGGGGGACCAUAUGGAGGUCGACCUGAUAGAUUAUAUACCCUAUUACUAAUCCCUUUACCUUCAGUGAAAGACAUUUCUCGCCAGUUGCGGUAAGAUUAGAAUUUAUAAUGACAUGAGGCGAGUCUACUGCCAUUAAUUUAUUAUACUCAUAUAUCUAACAGAGGGAGACUCUGCAAAAGUCUUUGCUUCGGCACCUCUGUUGCAUUCGUAUUUCUACCGUGAAACAGUUGUGUUUGCAUGGCUGUGUUUCGGUUUGAAGGGUGGGCAUGGGCAGUGAAUUGACAGGGUACAGAGAAAUAACACAUGAGUCCUCAGGAAUGGCAACGCAUGGGAGGUAUCAUGGGCGAAACAGUACACUCUGUUAUGUCCACAGUAUUGCUCAUGUCUAUAGGCGACGGUUACCACUUUCCAUCAGGUGGGCCAUCAGCUUGUUUGUCAAUUUAAUUUUGCAUAAAAAAAAUGGAAUAAUAUAAUACACAGCUGUGUUAUAAAUACAUUUACUUAUAUGAAAAUGAAAAAUUGGUGUUGUUUCCACGAAUUGUUUAUACAGACUAUCUAGGUGUUAUUGGUCUAUGACGUAUCCAGCUUUACGAUGCAUUGUGAUAGGGAGCGAAAACGACAUGAGGUUUUUAUAUAAGAUUAUAUUUUUGUACUAACAUGCAUUUAUUUCCUAUUUGUGUAAGCUACGAAUCAUGAAUAGUUUUAUGAGCAUUGUUAAAUAACACUUUAAAUAAAUUAUUGAUAAUUUA